UAUGGAGAAUCAAAAACCACACGCAUAGAGCCCGUCUUCCUCCUCCUUCUUCUUCUCUUCCUCUCUAUUUUUCACUGGAACUUCGUCCGCCGACUCUCUAUUUUUCAUUUCUAUUUUCUCAGUUUUUGAAAUCUAAAAAGGAAAAAAAAGAGGGCGGAGGUGUUUUACUCGCACCAGCUCCUAGCGCGCAAAGCUCCUCUCUGCUAGAAAUGGUUUCUUGAAUUUGAUUGCGGUUUUCUCCUGUACUUGGUUAUGAACUCGAAUUGUUCUCGUCUCUGCAAUUUAUCUCUUAUUUUCGAGUGUUUCUUCAGAUUUGCUCUGUUUUUGUACUGGUACUGUGGUUUUGUAUGAGCUAACGUACAUAUGUGAAUCCUGAUCUUCAUUUUUAUUUUCGUCAAUCAUGAUUAAGUGAUUUUGCAGUUUUCUAGUUUGUAAAACAUUCUCUGUUUGGUUUUCUUUCUGAAAAUAGAAUGAAAAUAGGAUGCAAAUAGCGAAUCCUGCAAUACGCUUUGAUCAAUUCGAUUUUGGUAAUUUACUUUGUUUGAAUUUUUUCAGGAGUUAGAUCUAUAACUGCAUUUUGUUUAUAUACUUUUAUGAAGGAUGGCAACUAUGAUGCACGCGAAGAUCAAUUCGAGAAAGUUAGACAAGUUGAACAUCAUCAAAAUCUGGUAACCAUUUUUCUCUGCACAAUCAAUUCAACGAACUCAGAUUUUGCCCUUUUGGUGGCCUUUUUUUCAGCGAAGAGAUUCUGAAUCCCACCGUUCCUAUGGUUCUUAGGCUCUCUGGAAUUCUUAUGGGAUGGAGUGGUGAUUGUCUAGGAGAGAAAAGUGAAACUCCUUUAAGGUAAAUAAAAUUUCAUCCUGUUA